AUGGUUACCACUACCCCAACGAGAGGCAAGCAGCUUUUUAACCCAGAUCGAUCAAUCACGAAGCAAAUAAAGGCUCAGCAGAUCCAGCCAAAUUCGACGAAAAACCUUCCGGCCUUCUACCGUAAUGUCGAAGAAGCGCUUGACAAGCGCCGCGCAACUCAAAGUCUGUUCUCCAUAGUUCAUAGUAACUGGCAGACCAAAGAUGCUGUCGAUUUCUGCUCGAACGAUUACCUCAGUUGGAACACUACCGGUCUGAUUCGUAAGGCCUUCCUCGAAGAAUUGAGCCGCUACCCGGACUUUAGCGUCGCCGCUGGUGGUUCAAGAGUCAUGGAAGGGAAUUAUCCCUAUAUUGAAGAGACAGAGCUAGAGAUUGCAAAGGACCAUAAUGCUGAGCAGGGUUUGAUUGUGAACUCAGCUUUCGAUGCGAAUGUUAUGGUUUGGUCUGCACUUCCAAGACCUGGCGAUGUGAUCGUAUACGAUAGUUUGGUUCAUGCAUCUACCCACGAUGGGAUGGAGCGAAGCCUUGCCAUUCAGAGAACCGAAUUCCAACACAACAACAUCGCCGCAUUCCGGAACGUCUUGACCUCUAUCCUGGAUACUCAACCGCUGAUCAAACAAGGUCGGCGCUCUAUACUCGUAGCAGUUGAAUCAGUGUAUAGUAUGGAGGGCGACGUCUGCCCCUUACUAGAGCUUGUUGAGAUAGCCGAUGAAAUCUCAGACGGUCUUGGAAAUAUCCAAUUCGUAGUAGAUGAGACGCACAGCGCCGGGCUCAUAGGACCAAAUGGCACAGGUCUAGUGUGCGAACUGGGUCUGGAAGCCGACGUUGCGGUGCGGCUGCAUACGUACUCAAAAGCAAUGGGUUCCUGUGGAGGAAUCAUACUCAGCAACGACAUCGUGAAGUCCGCUUUGAUCAAUUUUGCGCGCCCCACAGUCUACUCUGCAGCACCACCAUUCCCGUUCGUCGCAGCGAUUCGAGCUGGACAUAGGCUACUCGGUACCCCAGAGGCGGUCAAGGCAAGUACAGCAUGA